GGGAUUUACUUGUUAUUUAACCAACUGUUAAAUUAUUAAUGGUGUUAUGUAAAAUUUGCGCGUGACCGAUGAGGCCAAAGCGCGUGGAAGGUGAUUCGGAAGAUGCUUCCUCCAAUACAUUGAAGCGUCAGAAGUUAAUCCGUGGCCGAGGUUCUAGAGUUGUUUCGAGUCCAUUAUCAACCGAGUCUACUGUAGAAGAUUCAUCUUCUAGUUCCGUUGAGCCUGCUACUUCAGCGGGAAAUGAUGUGAUUUUACCAGAAGUUUCUGUUGAUUUAAGGGAGAGUAUUAAAACCAAACUCCGUGCUCGUUUCAGCUUAGCCUAUAAUUUUAUGCUAUCAGAUCCGGCUGUGCAUAACUCUCCUAAUUGUUCAAUCAGCUCUGCGGAUACCGUGGUAACAUUAUGCAGGGCCUUACGUCAACCUUAUUCAGUUGUAUUAACCGCGUUGGUUUACUUACAGUUGUAUAAGAAUGCUAGUGACCAUUGGAAAUCUCAUUAUCGAUCGCAGGACAUUAUUGUUACUCACCCUAAAUCAUGUCCUUCUAAUGGCGCCAUAAUAGACAACGAUGGCCAUCCGGUAACUGACCCCGGCAGCCAUGAGCAUUUUCUUGUCGCUGCUGCCUGUGUCUUGCUUGCUUGGAAAUAUCGCGAGGAUGAUACACGUGUGACAAAAUCUACUGGAAAGAUAUUUGAAUUCACUUCUGUGAUUUACAAGUUGUAUGUUGCACAAACUUCGAGUGGUGGCAACAUCCCUUCAGUCUCUGGUUGGAUGUUACGGGACACAGGACAAGAGAUAACAAGAUUGAAAACGCAGUUAUUGGAGCAUGAGGCGCACUUAUUACAUGCCCUUAAUUACCAUGUUGGUCCCAUUCCUAUUCCUCACAAGUUGAUUCCUGCAUAUGUUCGGAAGUUUCUUAUCGCAUUAUGUCCUGACUUUUCAGAGAUUCAGGAACUGUGUCAGCAGUUUGAGCAUUACGUCUGUCUUUUGGUUCUUGACUGUUACAAGACUCGUAUUUGCAUUGAGUACUCGCCUGGUGAAAUACUGGUGUCUUGUAUUUUCAAGACGGCAUGUUUGCUUUCAGAAUCUGGUGCUUACGAUUUACCCAUGUUUGGCGAUGGUACUAAUUUUUUUGAUGCCGCGACAACGUUAGAUGCACGUUUACGCGGGUUUAUAUCUUCCCUCGGUCAGGUAGAAAUUAGUGCCAAACAGGUAGUUCGAUGCAUGUUUGACAUACGUUUACUGGUUCAUUCCGAUUCUGACAAACAUGAUUAAGACCGUUAAUGUAUGCUUAUUCUGGCU